CACGAAACCCAUCAACAAUCGCCCUUCCGUCAAUGCCUACGAGUCGGCGCUUAAAAGGAAAUCUAAAGCCAUAGGAACUUGAUGGCAGUUAAGGUCAUUCAAAAAUUCUCUAUAUUUCUUUGAGCACUUCUUUAGAACCUGCUACUAGGACGCUGGGCGUUCUUAGCUGUUGAUGCUCGGGAGCUUCACCUCCACCACCAUGGCCGCCCCUGGCCGGCGACGAGCCAACCUGCCAAUGAGCACCCUUACUAUUCUGCUUUGUUGCAUCUUUUUAUUUACUAGUACUGCUUCAGCUGCUUCUGCCGUUUUAGGGAUUGAUUUAGGAACAGAAUAUCUCAAAGCCGCGCUGGUCAAACCUGGAAUUCCCUUCGAGAUUGUCUUGAGUAAGGAUUCCAAACGAAAAGAGACCUCCGCCGUUGCAUUCAAACCUCUAGGCCCCUCCUCUGCAGACGCAAAAGCAUUUCCCGAGCGGCUGUACGGCAGCGACGCUCUCGCGCUCGCUGCACGAUUUCCUGGAGAUGUCUAUCCCAAUCUGAAGCCGCUACUUGGCGCUAUCCUCAAGGACAAUGACAUCGUGGACGAGUAUGUCGCACGUCAUCCGGCUCUUGACGUCGUUCGAGAUGAGGAGCGGCAUACGGUUGCAUUUAAGAGCCAGAGCUUUGCAGACAAGGAGGACCCGUUUCUUGUGGAGGAACUGCUCGCAAUGGAGCUGAAGAACGUGCGGGAGAAUGCUGAAAUACUGGGAGGACAAGGAACAGUGAUCCGGGACGCGGUCGUUACUGUUCCCGCGUCUUUCACCGCUACGGAGAAGAGAGCUCUUGAGCUAGCUGCCGAGUUGGCUGGUCUCAGGAUUCUCUCCCUAGUCAGUGACGGCAUGGCCGUAGGCUUGAACUACGCAACGUCCAGAACCUUCCCGUCAGUCAGCGCCGGCGAGAAGCCCGAGUAUCAUCUCGUGUUCGACAUGGGCGCAGGAUCCACGAGCGCCACGGUGCUCCGUUUUCAAGCGAUGGAAGUCAAAGAUGUGGGCAGGUUCAACAAGACCGUGCAGGAUAUCGCUGUGCUGGGCUUAGGAUGGGACAACACUCUUGGCGGCGACGCGAUGAAUGGAAUCGUGGUUGAUGACAUGGUAGAACGCUUCAUGGACUCGCCUCGGCUCAAGCAGCUCGGCGCGACAAAGGAGAAAGUAAAGAGUCACGGUCGCACAGCGUCUAAGCUUUUGAAGGAGGCGGAGCGAGUCCGGCAAAUUCUCAGCGCCAACGCAGACAGCAUCGCCAGCUUUGAAGGACUAUACGAGGAUGUGGAUUUCAAGUACAAGAUUACGAGGGCCGAUUUUGAGAAGCUCACAGCUUCCUACGCCGAUCGUAUCGAGGUCGUUGUGCAGAAUGCAUUGGAUAUGGCGAAAUUGACGACAAAAGACAUCAACUCCGUCAUCUUGCACGGUGGUGCGAUUCGCACCCCGUUUGUGCAGAAAAAGCUCGAAAGCAUUCUCGGCGACGCUGGCAAGGUCCGCGGCAAUGUCAAUUCCGACGAAGCCGCAGUGUUCGGUGCUGCAUUCAAAGGCGCUGGCAUCAGUCCUAGCUUUAGAGUCAAGGAUAUUCGAAAUGCGGAGGCCGCCGGUCAUGCUGUCGCCGCGCGAUGGGUUGCCGACGGCAAGGAUCGCCAGCAGAAACUCUUUCUCCCCACAUCCCGUGUUGGUGCUGAGAAGCAAGUCCCGUUCAAGAAGGUCGAGGACUUUUCGUUCAGCCUCUUCCAGCAGAAGCCGUCUUCAGCCGAUGGACUUGUCUUUGAGGUCCCUGUCAUCAAAGUCCAGACGCAGAACCUGACAAGCUCGGUUGCGCAACUCAUCGACCAAUUCGGUUGCUCAGCUGACGCUAUUGACACAAAAUUCUCAAUCAGACUCAGCCCGAAAGAUGGCCUUCCAGAGGUCCUUCAAGGCACUGUGAGCUGCGAAGUGGACGCCCCUGAGAAGAAGGGCGGCAUGGUCGACGACGUAAAGGGCUUCUUUGGCUUUGGAUCUAAGAAGGGUGAGCAGGAGUCCCUCAAGCAGGACAGCGAGGCAGAAGAGGAAAUUCCUGCGGAGACAGAGACUGAAUCUACUACGUCUGCCUCCACUUCAACGUCCUCCACCUCGGUCGCGUCAAGCUCAACUUCUGCCGUUCCCUCUGUGAAGAGCGCCGGCGCCAAGAAGACUGAGGUUAUCAACCUCAGCUUCACUAUUGAGCAAGAAGGCCACCUUCAACCUUCGGGCGCUGAAUUGAAGCGGAUUAAGGAGAGACUCGCUGCCUUUGAUGCGUCUGAUCUGUCCCGCCUUUUGCGCGAAGAAUCCUUCAAUACCCUCGAAGCAUUCACUUAUCGCGCUCGAGACCUUCUCGACGACGAAGCUUUCAUCUCGGCAUCCACUUCGACCGAGCGCUCAGAGAUUGAGUCCCAACUCUCCGACACAAGCGAGUGGCUUUACGACGAAGGCGCCUCCGCGCCCCGAGACGUCCUCGAUGCCCGCCUCAAGUCUCUCACGGACCUUACUGGGCCUGUCCAGAGACGCAUCCAAGAAACCAACCGUCGGCCAGCACUCAUUGAGAAUCUUCAAGAAGCGCUGAAUCGGACAAAGCAAUUCAUUGCCGUUGUCGAGGGCCACGUAAAGCGUGCCGAGGAAGCCGCGUCUUCUUCUGCCUCUUCUGCUUCGUCGUCAUCCUCUUCCUCUCCCUCGUCUUCCUCCUCCACUACGCCCACUCCCUCAUCAAGCUCAUCGGCACAGCAAGAAGACGACUUUGCCGACCUCGAAGACGAACCCACAUCAUCACCAUCAUCAACUUCCGAAUCCACCACCACUACCUCUACGACCCCCACCCCUUCCUUCACCCCCCCAGUAUACUCCGCCGAAGACCUCGAUUCCCUAUCGACAGCAUACGACUCCAUCAAGACAUGGCUCACGUCGAAACUCGCCGAACAAGACCGCCUCACCGCGCAUGAUGACCCCGUCCUCCUAAGCGCCGACGUCGAUGCCAAAGCGCAAGAACUUGACAAAGUCAUUAUGGACCUCGUCUCGCGACAAAUGAGAUCUCGCGGAAGCAACUACGGUGGAAGCGGCGGCAGUGGAGGAAAGUCCAGUGGGAAAGCGAGCGGCGGCAAAUCGAAGAGUAAAAAGGCAAAGAAGAGCAAGACUACCUCUGCGUCAUCGUCGUCGUCCUCCUCUUCUACUAGUACGCCAGCCUCGAGCUCGACGAAAUCGCAUGAUGAGCUUUGAUAUCUAUUUUUAGUAGACAAUCUUUCGCUCGCACUUCGGGCCUUCUCUCCCUUCCUCGUCUUAUUCGACCUUUCUAACUAAAACUCCCUCCCGAAAUAUCAUAAAAUCUUAUUUCCUCACAGCGUGGUGUGUUUCAUGACUUUUUUUUUUUUCUUUUUUACUUACUGUAGAUUCAAUGUUGCAGGGUAGAUUAUAUAUGCACUUUACUCCA